CCAGGAUACAGUCUAUUCCAUCCUCUACAACAUGGCUGACUGCCGCUGGUUGCCAUGACGUACAGGACGUGACACCAUCAUGUGAUCUUUCCUUCCCAUUUCCUGCAACCUACCACAGGGGAACACAAUGCCUCGCCUGAGCACUUCCCUGACAGAAGAUUCUGUCUUCCGUCCCGAAGACUCCAGCGGUCCCCUCAGGCCAGGGGACGGGCCCCCGGGCGUGGUGGAGGGGCCCCCAGGGGCACGGAGCCCCCAGAGAGAGCCAGCCAAGAUGUGGAGGCACAAGCUCCGCGUGGCUGUCAUGGGGCUGCACUGGACUGCGGUGGUUUGCAUCCUCUCCCAGACGACUGGGUUCUGGGCUUUCUUCCUCGUAGACGGUAAUGAUCCCUUCAUGUCCAUGUACAAGGCUCUGCAGCUCAUAGACUUCUAUCUGGGCCUCCUGCUGUCCUUCAACCCGAUGUUUGGGGUUGAUCAAUCCAUGAAUCUGAUGGUGGAGGUUGGAAAGACCAAGAACUAUUGGGUCCUACAGGCCACCGUAGGAGUUGGGCUGGCCCUCUUUGUGUUCAUGAUGAGCAGCUUGGUCCACUCCCUGUGCUCCGGCGCACCCUGGCUGUCUCCUGUGGUGGUGGAUCAGGGGGACAGACGGCAGUCUGUGAGCCGCCAGCCCUCCUUCACCCUGUCCGAGUGGACGGACGCCCAGGACGAGUUGAUGGACCUGGAGCCCGUGCCCCAGACGCCCCAGACGCCGGUGUUUGAGGUGGGCGCCGACACCAGGACAGACGCAGAGGCUGCCACCCUGAGUGUCACACCUGUGGGCCUGCAGGAGAGGCGGGGCUCCAACGUGUCUCUGACUCUGGACAUGUGCACCCUGGGCUGCACCGAGCCCUACGGCUACGGGGCCCAGCUGUCCCCCAAGGACCAGUCUGCCAAGGAGUACCUGAGGGAGGGAACACACACCCUGACCCCCGCUCAGCUCCACACACGGGCCAUGGACGACCAGAGCCUGCAGGCCGAGUUCUAUGAGACCCCCAUGAACUUUGUGGACCCCAAGGAGUACAGCUAUCCUGGUCUGGUGAGGAAGAACCGCUACAAAACCAUCCUGCCUAACACUCACAGCAGAGUGAUCCUCCAGUCAGAGGAGGAGGACUUCCUCAGUUCCUACAUCAACGCCAACUACCUGAAGGGUUACGGAGGCGAGGAGCGGGCGUACAUCGCCACCCAGGGCCCCACCGUCAACACGGUGGGGGACUUCUGGAGGAUGGUGUGGCAGGAAAGAUGCCCUCUCAUCGUCAUGAUCACCAACCUGGAGGAGAAGAAUGAGAAAUGUGCAGAGUACUGGCCCGAAGACACUGUGACCCACGAGGGCAUCGAGAUCAAGGUUGUCACGGUAACCCAAGAAGAUGACUACAGCCUGCGGGUGUUCACUCUGAAGUGCGGAGGGGAGGUGCGCUGUCUCCAUCAGUACUGGUACACCUCCUGGCCCGAUCAAAAGACGCCAGACAAAGCCCCGCCCCUUCUGGAGCUGGUACAGGAAGUGGAGCGGGCCAGAGAGGAUGCCCCGGCCACCAGCGGUCCUGUCAUCGUUCACUGCAGUGCUGGGAUUGGCCGAACGGGCUGCUUCAUUGCCACCUCCAUCUUGUGUAGGCAGCUGAGGUGUGAGGGUGUGGUCGACAUACUGAAGACCACCUGUCAGCUCCGCCUCGACAGGGGCGGGAUGAUUCAGACCUGCGAGCAGUACCAGUUUGUGCACCAUGUUCUCAGUCUGUAUGAGAAGCAGCUGUCACACACUGCUGAGGAGUAGCAAGCAGACACACACACACACACACACACACAC